CUGUAUCCCUUCCUAGCUUGUCUGUUCUUCCUCAUCCAUCAUCUCUGUCAUCUUGAUCUCACUCUGAUGCUGCUUGAUCAUGCAUGUCCCACUUUUCAAUUCUGAAAUAUCGGAGGGCAUGGACUCUAGGGAGAUAUGUUGAAAAUGAAAGAACAGCCCAGUUAGGAGAGUCGACAUGGCAUUCACUGGGAAGGGAAGGUCUUUGGUUGCAUUUUCAAUUUGAGAAGUGGAAAACAGCUUCUACAAACAAAAAGGACUGGUUUUCCCUUCACUGUAUUUAGCUUGGGCUUUGAGACCUGAAACUCAAACUCUCCCCACCCUAUAAAACAGACACUACGCCUAUCUAAGCUGCAAAAACCUGAGAAGUGGAACAAGACACAUGACCACAAGUGAGCACAGGCAUGGGGCCAGUAAAGAGCAAGAGAAUAUCGGUGGAUCUCCCAUGCAAAAUGGAAAUCCAGCCAAUGGAGGAUUUGAAACUGCUUCCAGAUGAAUUGCUGGAGCUGAUCCUGAGCUGGGUGCCAAGCCGGACCCUGGUGAGGCGCUGCCGCUUAGUGUGCCGCAAGUGGAGAGACCUCAUUGAUAGACCCACCAUCUGGAAGCUUCAAUGGGAGCGAGACCCCUCUAAGAAGGCCACCCUGGAAGCAGCCAAGCAUUGUCCCCCAAUGGAUUGGUGCCGAGUCGGUGUCCUGCAACCCUUUGGGAGGAAUCUCAUCAAGAACCCCUGCGGAAAAGAGCAGUUCCGACACUGGGAGGUCCAGCAUGGAGGUGAUAAGUGGAAAGUGGAAGACAACAGGGGCCACGUGGAAGGAGCUGAGGCCCAGAGCUGCUUUGUCUCUUCAUUUCUGUGGUGCGCAAAAUCUCAAGUGAUUGAUUUGCUGAAGGAAGGCUUCUGGGAAGAACUCUUGGACACCUACCAACCUGAUAUUUUUAUUUCUGAUUGGUGGUGUGCCCGCGAAGACUGUGGGUACAUUUACAAAAUCCAAGUCAGCCUUCUGGCAGCAGACCGGACUUCUGUCAUUGCUAUUUUUGCAGUUGAACCAGAUCCAAUCCCGCGGUGGAACGAUUCCAAAUAUCAACAGAUCUCUCACGUGUUCCGCAACUACGGCCCCGGAGUUCGCUACGUAUAUUUCAAGCACGCAGGAAGAGACAGUCAGUACUGGGCAGGGCAUUACGGCGCCCGAGUCACCAACUCAACAGUCCUAGUCGAAUUCUCCCCGGAGCCUCCAUGAUCUUCGGGAUGGUUCCUCCGUCACAGAAUCAAUUCUUCCAAAGGCAAAAAUAUCCCAAAAGAGGAACAUCCAAUUUGGCUAUGGACGUAAUAUUUCUAUGGCAACGAAGACUACCGGAAGAGAAUUUUGCCUAUAGAAUGAAUUGGAAGUAAUGCUUGAGCUUUGUGCUAGGCGUAAAUACACUUGUUAUGGAUGGUGGCUGAAGUCCUACAUUACAGUCUAUGUUUACAAAUCCAUAGGUAUGUUGUAGAAAUGCAAUGAAAUCCUCCUAGUGUAGUGGUUCCCAUACUUUGGUACUCCAGGUGUUUGGGACUUCAAAUGGUCAAGGAUUCUUGGGAGCUGAUGUCCAAAACAUCUAGAGGAUCAAAGUUUGAGAAUCACUGUUGUAGUGAAUUGUGAGGAUGUGUACCUGGACACUGGUGGCAAUCCACAUCAGGCAUUUUUGUGGUGCAUCAAUCCUUCCUCUUGUGGGCCAUCACAAUGAAACCACUCUAUCUUUGCACAUAUGUAAGGUCUUUUACAAAGACUUAAGUCCCAAGAAGAGUAUUGUUUCUUUCACCUAGAAUAAAGUCCUUACUAUGUACAUCUGGCUUGCUUCUUGGACACAAAUAGCGCUAUUUUUCUGCUUGUGGGGGACACUUCUUAAGUACAGAAUGCUCCAGAAUUUAUUCCUGCUUGUAUAAAAAUAAAACAUCUCUAUAGAUUAUUAUUUUUUAA